AUGGCACCCAAGAUAGAGGAAGACGAGAACGGGAGGCAAAUUAAAGUGACAAAGAACCCGUUCGAGCCAAGGAAGACUACCACAGUUCAAAGAUCUCGGGAUGAGGUCUAUCCGGAACGUAAAGGUUUGCAUAAGCCGCAAUACUUGGGUGAUAGCGAACUCGACCUUCUAUUUCAAAAGCUAGAGAAGAUAUUGGAGCCUAAAUUGGAGGAUAUAUCAAUUGAGCAGCUUGGCGAAAGCAUGUUUGGUAAGAGGGAUGUUCCCGAUAUCCGCAAAGCAGUGGUGGGUCAACUUCUUGAUUACCUAAUUGAGGCCAAAGAGUUCUCUUUAAAGGUAAACGAAAAGAGUAACGACAAGAACCUCCUCUCGAUAUCUCUACAUGAUAUUAAGACUUUCGCAAAGCUUGUCAAUGUCAUUAUCAUUUUGGGCAUUUAUCCGUGCAUUAUGCCGUUGAGAAUUGGUAUCCCCCUUGAAAAAAGAAGACUCAAGGACUUUGGCACGCCAAUCUACAAGCCUAUCCAAGUUGACCAUAUACCUCCUGCCUUGGGCGCCAAGUCAUAUGCUGAGAGACAUAGAGAGCAUGAAAGCUUGCUUACUUUUGUGUACGAGAAGCUUACACAAGUAUUCUUCGAGCCCUCGGAUGUUCAACAACUUUUGAUGAAAGGUAGCGGAUACUCUGAUUUCCUUACUGUUGCUAUCACACUAGCAACCGUUCCAUACUUUAAUCAUUCCACUAAACAAAAGGCAUUGAGAGACUUCUCUCGAGUCACAUCAAUAGCCUCUACGUUUGAGCUUUAUCAGGACUACUCACUUCUACUACUGUCGUCAUCACCAGGAUACUUCAAAAAUUUCGUGUUACAAAAGCUUCAGUCUCUUCCUUAUUCAGCUCCAAAGGGUGAUGGUCUACUUACUUUGAUGGAGUAUGUUCUCGGUUUGAGAGAUCAAGAGGAAAUCGGCGUAGAGAAACUUGAUCAAGUUGCCCAAAUCGUGCUUCAAAAACCAAAGGACUGUACCAGUCAAGCAUACUUCAGCUCAAUUGGAAAUCAAUGCUAUGAUUUGCUAGUGAACAUCAAUAGACCUACCAUCACUAGCUGUACAGCUCAUGUCAUCGAGAAAAUCUGGUACAAGAAUUCCAAGAUUGUCGAGGACUUCAUCAUUAAACGGAUUUGGAAGAAUUUGAAUCCUGAAACUAAAGAAAGAAAAGAGUUGGUACUUGUUUCAGAGGCUGCUUUCAAUAACAACAUCAAUGUGCUCAUAUCCCUAUCAUCCAAAGGCCUUCCAGUUCCUCUCCUCUUGACCGUUUUUAUGCCCAUACUUGCGCCGCUUUGGCUGUACUAUAUUUUUUUGAAAAAUCAUGAAAAGUCCGGGGAAGUUGUCCAAAAUAUCAUUUUGGGAUUUUUAGCAUGCAUUGGUAGUGAUAGCCUAGCUCUACAGGAUGCUCUUGUGCUCAUUGCAAGAAACGUUGUUAGCACUGGUGGCGAGGGCUGGAUCUUUCGUUAUGGUCCAAACCUUCUUGUUGAGAUUGGUCAUGAGGAUGAAGAGUUGAGCACAGAAACGUCUAACGAAACAAAAGUGUUGGACUUUGUGAAAGCGCUUGACAAUGGGUGCAAGUACUUUGUUGAGUUGGUCAAGCAGCUUGAUGACGAGCCCGUGAGGAGACUCUUCACGUCCCUCUUGAAAAACUGGCUCAACCUGGAUACCCAGUCACUUGCCGAGGAUAACUCUUUCCUCAAGCUUGCUGAUCUUCGGAUCCUAGAGAGUAUGGCCAACGACUUUAAGGAGACGCUUGCAGAGUCUCCAGGGGAGCUCUUUGACCUUAUUCAUAGUGUGCUUCAACAUAAAGAUACUUCGGUCGACAACGAUAAUGAUGCUGACUCCGAUGAUGAGGAUGAAAGCGAGUCGAGAGAAGGUGAGAUUAUGACCGUCACUCUUGAGCUUCUUUCAGCCGUGCUCUCCGAGACACAAUCAGAGUUGCUCGAUGAUGCCUGCAAAAACAUACUUCGGCAAAUCAAGGAAACUCUUGUUGAAUCUCCACUUCCAACAGCACAGUCCUUGUCACAGAGAAUCGACCUCUUGUUGACGGGUGAUCUGCCAGUGAAGAAUGAAAGAGACGCACAUCAAAAGGUUUUCACUCGUGCAAUAACGAACCUCAACGAUCCCUUGGUUCCUAUCAGAGCACAUGGACUCUAUCUCCUCAGGCUGCUUGUUGAGCAACGCAGUUCCGUAUUGACCCUUGAGUUCGCCCUCAAUUUGCAUCUUAUCCAACUCAAGGACCCAGAGCCAUUCAUUUAUCUUAACGCUAUCAAAGGUCUCGAUAGUUUGCUUGACUGGGACGCUUCCCUGGUGUUACCCCAUAUACUAAGUCUCUAUUCAGGUACGAGCGAAGACAAGGCUGAUCUUGAUGAGCGAUUAAGAAUCGGUGAAGUCAUACUAAGGUAUAUUCGACACCAAGACGAGGCAUUUAUAGGCGACCUAGCGAAAGAAGUUUCGAACGCCGCUUUGUCAUUAAUCAGAAGAACUUCUAACGAUGAGCCAGUUGUCGAUGAUAGACUUAGAAUGUCUGCGAUGUCAUUGCUAGGAACGUGCUGCAAUACUAAUCCAAUCGGCAUCCUUGACAAUCUUGAGAACGCACUUGACUGUGCCAUUGGUAUUCUUCAGUUGGAAAGUGAUAAGGAGAAGGCCAUCAUGAGACGUUCGGCCAUUGUCCUUAUCCAUGACUUGAUUGUUGGCACUUCAAAGUCAGAUUCUGUUCCAUUCCCAAUUUCUUAUGAAGAAAAAGUGGUAACAGUAUUGCGUUACGUCAAGGAAAACGAUUCUGAUCUUCUUACUAGAGAACAUGCUCAGACUGUCCUCGAAACGAUCGACGAACUUGUCAAAGCGCUUAUGUCAAAUGAUGAGUAA